GGCCUCUCCCUCUUCUAGGCCGGGACUGUGGCUGCUUGGGGCUCUCUAACUAUUUAUGCCGUGACUGGCUGCUGCGAUUUGAUGGUUCGGGUUCUGGGAUAGUAUUAUUAUUACUCGUGCCCGUGGUUUCCGGUCCGGAGAGCAGUGUUUGGCUUCUAGGAGUACUGAUAAGCUUGUGCGAGACUCCUCAGGUUUAAUCGAGAGAUUAAGUUCUCUAUAGAAACUCCCACAUUUGUAUGGAUGAUUGGGGAAAGAUAGUGGUACCAACAAGGGAAAGCUGUCUGACCUUCCAAAAAGAUGAGUAUGCUAAAACCAAGCGGGCUGAAGGCCCCUACCAAGAUCUUUAAGCCUGGAAGCACAGCCUUGAAGACACCUGCCGCUGCUGCAGCUCCAGUGGAGAAGACAGUACCCAGUGAAAAAGCCGCAGGCCCUCCAUCCUCUGAGGCCCAAGAUGAAUUUGUGGAUGACUUUCGAGUUGGAGAACGUGUUUGGGUGAAUGGCAAUAAGCCUGGAUUUAUCCAGUUUCUUGGGGAAACUCAAUUUGCACCAGGCCAGUGGGCUGGGAUUGUUUUAGAUGAACCCAUAGGAAAGAACGACGGUUCGGUGGCAGGAGUUCGGUAUUUCCAGUGUGAACCUUUAAAGGGGAUAUUUACCCGGCCUUCAAAGUUAACAAGGAAGGUGCAAGCAGAAGAUGAAGCCAAUGGCCUGCAGACAGCUCCUGUCAGAACUGCUUCACCUCUGUCCACUGCUACAGCCACUCCCUCGAAUAUUCCCCACAAACCAUCCCAGUCAACAACAAAAGAAACUUCAACUCCAUCACAGAUCAGCAACCUUACGAAAACUGCCAGCGAGUCAAUCUCCAACCUUUCAGAGGCUGGCUCUGUCAAGAAAGGAGAGCGGGAACUCAAGAUCGGAGACAGGGUGUUGGUUGGUGGCACUAAGGCUGGUGUAGUCCGGUUUCUUGGAGAGACUGACUUUGCCAAGGGGGAGUGGUGUGGUGUGGAAUUAGAUGAACCUUUGGGGAAGAAUGAUGGUGCUGUUGCUGGAACAAGGUAUUUUCAAUGUCAGCCCAAAUAUGGAUUGUUUGCUCCUGUCCACAAAGUGACAAAGAUUGGCUUCCCUUCUACUACACCAGCCAAAGCCAAAGCAGCUGCUGUGAGGCGAGUGAUGGCCACCACGCCUGCCAACCUGAAGCGCAGCCCCUCUGCCUCCUCUCUCAGCUCCAUGAGCUCUGUGGCCUCUUCUGUGAGCAGCAAACCCAGCCGAACAGGACUAUUGACUGAAACCUCCUCCCGCUACGCCCGCAAGAUCUCGGGCACCACUGCCCUCCAGGAGGCGUUGAAGGAGAAGCAGCAGCACAUUGAACAGCUGCUGGCUGAGCGGGACCUGGAGCGGGCCGAGGUGGCCAAGGCUACCAGCCACGUGGGGGAGAUAGAGCAGGAGCUAGCCCUGGCCCGAGAUGGGCAUGACCAGCAUGUCCUGGAACUGGAAGCCAAGAUGGACCAGCUGCGAACAAUGGUAGAAGCUGCUGAUAGGGAGAAAGUGGAGCUCCUCAACCAGCUAGAAGAGGAGAGAAGGAAGGUUGAGGACCUUCAGUUCCGAGUAGAAGAAGAAUCAAUUACCAAAGGUGAUCUUGAGCAAAAGAGCCAGAUUUCUGAAGAUCCUGAGAAUACGCAGACCAAACUGGAGCAUGCCCGCAUUAAGGAGCUUGAACAGAGCCUGCUCUUUGAAAAGACCAAAGCUGACAAACUCCAGAGGGAGUUAGAAGACACUAGGGUGGCCACAGUGUCAGAAAAGUCCCGAAUAAUGGAACUAGAAAAAGACCUAGCCUUGAGAGUACAGGAAGUAGCUGAGCUCCGAAGAAGGCUAGAGUCCAGUAAGCCUCCCGGGGAUGUGGAUAUGUCUCUUUCUCUUUUGCAAGAAAUAAGUGCUUUGCAAGAAAAGCUAGAAGCCACACGUACUGACCACCAGAACGAGAUGACUUCUCUGGCAGACCGCUUUGGAGCUCGGGAAGAGACAUUUCAGAAGGAGAUCAAGGCUCUGCACGCUGCCACUGAAAAGCUUUCCAAAGAGAACGAGUCCUUGAGAAGCAAACUUGACCACGCCAACAAGGAAAAUUCCGAUGUGAUAGCUCUGUGGAAGUCUAAGCUGGAGACCGCCAUCGGAUCCCACCAGCAGGCAAUGGAGGAGUUGAAGGUGUCUUUCAGCAAAGGGAUUGGAACGGACUCAGCUGAAUUUGCUGAGUUAAAGACACAAAUAGAGAGACUGAGACUAGAUUAUCAGCACGAAAUAGAAACUUUACAGAGUAAACAGGACUCUGAACGAUCUGCUCACGCAAAAGAGAUGGAGACUCUGAAGACCAAGCUGAUGCAAGUCAUUAAAGAGAAGGAGGACAGCCUAGAGGCCAUCAAAGCGAGACUGGACAGUGCAGAAGACCAGCAUCUAGUGGAAAUGGAAGACGCGUUAAACAAACUGCAGGAGGCUGAAAUAAAGGUAAAGGAGCUAGAGGUUCUGCAAGCCAAGUACAAUGAACAAACCAAGGUCAUUGAUAAUUUUACAUCCCAGCUCAAGGUUGUCGAAGAAAAGCUCUUGGAUCUUGAUGCACUUCAGAAAGCCAAUUCCGAAGGUAAAUUGGAAAUCGAGACACUUAGACAGCAGCUUGAGGGAGCUGAAAAGCAGAUUCAAAAUUUAGAAAUGGAAAGGAACGCUGAAAGUAGCAAGGCUAAUAGCAUUACCACAGAACUCCAGGGAAAAGAACUUAUGCUCAGUAACCUACGGGACACUUUGAGUGAAGUCAGUCAAGUGAAGGAAACUUUGGAAAAAGAACUCCAGACUUUGAAAGAAAAGUUUGCUGGCACUUCAGAGGAAGCUCUCUCUGUUCAGAGAAGUAUGCAAGAUACUGUAAAUAAACUGCACCAAAAGGAGGAAGAGUUUAACAUGUUAUCUUCUGAACUGGAGAAGUUGAGAGAAAAUUUAGCAGAUAUGGAAGCAAAAUUUAGAGAGAAGGAUGAAAGAGAAGAACAGCUGGUAAAGGCAAAGGAAAAAUUAGAAAAUGACAUUGCAGAAAUGAUGAAGAUGUCAGGAGAUAACUCUUCUCAGCUUACAAAGAUGAACGAUGAACUGCGUCUGAAGGAAAGAUCUGUGGAAGAACUACAGCUAAAACUUACAAAGGCUAAUGAAAACGCAAGUUUUCUGCAGAAAAGUAUUGGGGAAGUAACUCUUAAAGCUGAACAGAGCCAGCAGGAAGCAGCUAAAAAGCAUGAAGAAGAAAAGAAAGAAUUGGAGGAAAAAUUGUUGGAACUGGAGAAGAAGAUGGAAACAAGCCACAACCAGUGUCAGGACCUUAGAGCCGAGUAUGAAAAAGCCAGUUCUGAGACAAAAACAAAGCAUGAAGAAGUCCUGCAGAACCUGCAGAAGAUGCUGGUGGACACAGAGGAAAAACUGAAGGCUGCUCAAGAGGCGAACAAAGGCCUGGUGCAGGAUGUGGAGGAGCUGAAAGCACAGGCCGACAAAGCCAAAUCGCUAACUCAUUUGUUAACAUCAGCCAAAAAAGAGAUUGAAGUAAUGUCAGAAGAGCUGAGGGCUCUGAAGUCAGAGAAGCAGCUUCUUGUGCAGGAGACAAAUGCUUUGCAGUUAGAGAAAGGUUCACUUUUAUCAAAGCUUGUAGAAGUGGAGACCAAGAUAACUUUGCUUCAGGAAGACCAGCAGAAACUUUGGGCAGUAAAUGAAAGCCUCCAUUUAGAGAAGGAGAAAGUCUCAGAAGAAAAGCAAAUUGCUGAAAAGCGUUAUCAGCAGGAGCAUCGGGAUAAGGAGUCCCUGGUGGUUGAGAGAGAGAAACUGCUUAAGGAAGUCAGUGUGGUGCAGGAGGAGCUCCUGAAGAUGCACCUGGAGAAUGACGCCCUGGAAGCCUCCAAGGUGAGCAUGCAAGUGCUCAUCGAGGAGCUCCACUUCUGCAAGGAUAAGCUGAUGGCCAUGUCUGAGAAGGCCCGGGCAGAGAAAGAGCACCUGGAGGGGCAGGUCAAGAAGCUCACUGCUGAGAAUAUGUUCUUGUCCAAAGACAAAGAUGACGUCAUUCAGAAACUUCAGAGCGCUUAUGAGGAGCUUGUCAAGGAUCAAAAGGCCUUGAUCCAGGAGAUCGAUGAGCUCACAACUGAGAAAAAAUCAGCCGCAGAGAAGCAGCUGAGUCUUGAUAACACCUGCCUUACCCUAAAGGCCGAGCGGGAGAACCUCCUCCAGAGCAACAGAGACCUGCAGUUUGAGAAGGACACGCUGCGCCAAGGCCAGGAGAAACUGAGUGCCAGCCUGGAGGCCACCCUGCAUGUCAAACAGCUGCUCAGCACAGAGGCAGAGACUCUGCGCACACAGCUAGAUUGUGCCAGCAAAGCACUGAGGAAGGCGGAACUGGACACGAGACAGCUCCAGGCCACCAAUGCAAGCCUCACAAAGCUCCUGGAAGAGAUUAAGACCUGUCGGGCAAUCACAGACUCGGAAUGUAUCCAGCUUCUCCACGAGAAGGAGAGCUUGGCAGCCUCUGAGAGGAAGCUCCUAGCAGAGAAAGAGGAACUGUUAAGUGAAAAUAGACUCAUCACUGAAAAACUCAGCAAACACUCAGAAGAGACCACACAUCUUGAGAUGAGCCUAAAUGAGAAAAUCACGUACUUAACUUCUGAGAAGGAGAUGGCUUGCCAGAAAAUCACUAGGCUUAAAAAGCAGCUGGAUAGCCUCUUGAAAGAAAAAUCAGCACUAGAGAUGCAGAAUGGAGAUUUAGUUGCUGAGAGGGAAAAUUCUAUCAAAACCAUAGGAGAUCUUAAAAGGAAGUAUGACCAAGAGGCUUCAAACAGACGAAUCAUUGUGCAGGAGAAGAUGAAACUGCUCAGUAACAUAGAUGCUCUGAAGAAAGAACUUCAGGAAAGAAAGAAGGAAAACCAAGAGCUGGCGAACAGCAAGUGCGAGCUCUCCCUGAUGCUGAAAGAGGCUCAGGAUGCCAAAAAGAAUCUUGAGAAAGAGCAUUCUAGUAUGAUGCAAGCCAAGGAGAACUUGAACACCGAGCUGAGGACUUGCUGCUGCGAGAAGAGCAUCUUGCUGAGGGACGGCUUGAACCUGCAGGAAGAGUGCCAGAAAUUAAAUGAGGAGAUUCGUGAAAUUCAGCAGACCUUAAUCCUAGAGAAGGAGGCCAGGGCAAAGGAAAACGAGGCCUCUUUAUAUGAAAACAACAAGCUUCAUGGGAGAAUGGUGCUCUUGGAAGAGGAGAUUCAGGGGCUGAGGGCAUGUACUGAGCAGCUCCAGACUGAGAAUUUUACACUUGUCCAAGAAAAGACCAACUCAGAGCAAAAAGUGGUGGAAAUCAUUAAGGAAAAGGAACUCCUGAGUGCAGAAACAGCUCAGCUCGCUGCCAAUAUUGAGACCCUCAAAAGCGACUUUGCUGCCCUUUCCAAGUCCAAGUUGGAACUGCAAGAACUACACAGCUGCCUCACCAAGAUCCUGGAUGAACUCCGGCUGAACCACGAGGUGGCGGUGACCGAGAGAGCCGAGGUGCUUCAGGACAACAAGAACCUCCUGGCCGAGAAACGAGAAAUGAUGCUAAGAAAUGAAGAGGUCCUGAAGGAGAAGGAGAAGCUGGAAGAAAGCUACUUCAUCCUCCAAAAAGAGAUUAGCCAGCUGGCCCAGACCAACAGCCACAUUUCAGCCAACCUCCUAGAAUCCCAAAGUGAAAACCGUAUUUUGAGAAAAGACAAGAGCAAGCUUACCCUUAAAAUUAGAGAGCUUGAGACCCUUCAUUCAUUCACGGCUUCUCAGACUGCAGAAGAUACCAUGCAGAUCAUGGAACAGAUGACCAAAGAGAAGACAGAAACGCUGGCCUCCUUGGAGGACACCAAGCAAACAAACGCAAAACUUCAGAAUGAGUUGGACACACUUAAAGAAAACAACUUGAAAAAUGUAGAAGAGCUGAACAAAUCAAAAGAACUUCUGAAUGUAGAGAAUCAGAAAAUGGAAGAAUUCAAAAAAGAAAUAGAAACCUUAAAGCAGGCAGCAGCUCAGAAGUCCCAGCAGCUUUCAGCACUGCAAAAAGAGAACGUCAAACUUGCCGAGGAGCUGGGGAGAACGCGGGACGAAGUCACAAGUCAUCAAAAGCUGGAAGAAGAAAGAUCUGUACUCAAUAAUCAGUUGUUAGAAAUGAAAAAGAGAGAAUCUGAGUACAUAAAGGACGCUGAUGAAGAGAAAGCGUCCCUGCAGAGGUCCAUCAGUCUCACCAGUGCCUUACUCACAGAGAAGGAUGCCGAGCUGGAGAAGCUGCGGAGUGAGGUCACAGUGCUCCGGGGAGAGAAUGCCUCUGCCAAGUCCCUGCAUUCAGUUGUGCAGACACUGGAGUCUGAUAAGGUGAAGCUUGAGCUCAAGGUCAAGAACUUGGAGCUUCAACUCAAAGAGAACAAGAGGCAGCUCAGCAGCUCCUCAGGCAAUACCGAUACCCAGGCAGAAGAGGAUGAGAGAGCCCAGGAGAGUCAGCAAAUGAUUGAUUUCCUCAAUUCAGUAAUAGUGGACCUUCAAAGAAAGAAUCAAGACCUCAAGAUGAAGGUGGAGAUGAUGUCUGAAGCUGCACUGAACGGCAACGGGGAUGACCUGAACAGUUAUGACAGUGAUGACCAGGAGAAACAAUCCAAGAAGAAGCCCCGCCUGUUCUGUGACAUUUGUGACUGCUUUGAUCUCCAUGACACAGAGGACUGCCCCACCCAGACACAGGUGUCGGAAGACCCUCCGCAUUCCACGCACCAUGGCAGCCGGAGUGAGGAGCGGCCUUACUGUGAGAUCUGUGAGAUGUUUGGGCACUGGGCAACCAACUGCAACGACGACGAGACCUUCUGAGGCCUCGCGGGCUCCGCGUCCAGCAGUUUCCACCAGCACUGCACACGCAGCUUGAGGAGAACUCAUUAUUUUUUGACCCCUGUCAACAAAUCUAAGAAAAUAUUUUGAUCUUCAACACAUUACCCUUUCAUUUCCCCUCAUAAGUUAAAAUAAUAAAUAUUUGGUAGGUGGGCUUUUACUUCCAUCCUCUUUUUUGGAAUUUGAAGAUUUCUGACAUUGUACCAGGUGCCAUUACUCUUUUGUUCCUAGAGAAACAUCGUGGGACAAGCUGGACCCUGACAAUAUCUUAUUUAAGAAACUUUAAAUUAUGCCGUUAUUUCUCAUAUUUGCACUAAAAUAUUUUCUGGCUACGUCUGUAUAUUUAGGGUUUUUGUUGAUGUUGUUAUGCUUUGACACUGGAAUGAGCUGCAAACAAAAUGUGCCACUUUGCAUUUUCAUGUACUCAUUUGAAUAAUUUUAAAUAUCCAAGCUCUCUGCACUACCUGCUCUCAGUAGUGCCUUUUUCCAGGCUUGACCAUACAUAGGGCGUGAUUAUAAAUCAUGAAACAGGUAAAAGGGAGGGGAAAGCCCUAAACUGCUGUGGUGACGUUUAUAAUCUAUAUGCUGCACCCACAGACCCAACAGUGGGUUUUCUUUAUUGGUUUUACAUAAUUUCAACCUCUAUAUAUUAUAUGUAUAUAUAUAUUUUUAAAGAUCUAUAUUUUGGGAAAAAAGUAUAUGCAAUGUGUCUUCUUUUCAGAUUUUUUUACCUUUAUGAGAAAGAACACACCUAAACGGCUCGUCAGGAUGAGACUGAGUAGGCCAGAAACAGCAGUGUGGCUUCAUAACUGUCAUGUUCCUUUCCGUGUUGUUUCUGAGCCGCAUCUGAGCAGCUGUAAGAACUGCCCAGCUGUUUGGUUUUGUUCCCCUUCUUCAGCAGAUAAUCUCAGUAGUGCACUAAGCCACCCUACAACAGCUAAACUAACUGAUCCUCCUUUAUACGUCUGUGGGUUUUUUACUGUAUUUUUUAAUGAAUGUAUGAUGAGAAAUUCAACAAUAAUUUUGAAUUUUCUUAUCACAAAAAGAUAAAACGAAGGACCUCAACAUACAAAAGAGUUUUAUCAGUCAGCCUGAGUCUGUCUUCACUUGAAUGUUUUUGAGAAUAUGUAAAAAGGAAUUAAAUGUACCUUCAUGCGACAUGCAUGAUAAGAACUUCCGUCAUUGUAUAUAAGCCUUUGCCAUAUUCCCCCAUCCACUGUGCUUGACAAGUGAACAUUAAACAAAUCUGUUACCAGUUAACAUUUUUGGUUAAUAAAACUAUAGGAAUUAUUUCACAAAGAAAAUAUGUAAAGCAGUAUUAAAAUCUGAGUUAUGUAUCUAAUAAAUGGGUUUGUUUGUUUUUCUGCCAGUGGCAGUAAA